UGCUCAUAAAUUCAGUAGCCAAUGAAAUGCCAGCAGGCGCCCUCCCCAGCUCAGAUGCAGAGACUGCACAAUCCGGGGGUUUGAGUGUCUUAUUAAUGAAUGGAGCAGUUUCUGGGCUGCAUCACCGGACACCUCUGCUCGCUGGCAGCUAUUUCACCUAAAACAGGAAGAUGGAGAGGAAAAUCAGCAGCCACUGCACAGAUGGAGGGAAGAGGGAAAUAAAGGCUGCCAGUGGACAACAAGAAAACCCAGAGAGCUCUGAUGAGAGCUCGGCUGAGGACAUGGCAGCAGAUUUUAAAGGUACGGACUCGCAUCCUGAUCUCGACCUGCCGGAUUCGUCACCUACGCUGUCUUCUUCAUCCCCUCUCCCUCAGUCAGCCAUGCCACCUUCUGUGUCUGCUUCUGCUCUCCUGGCUCUGGCAUCUCCAGCUACCAGACGCUCCAUCUCCAUGGGAGACUUUAAGAGAGUAACAGGGGCUCUCCUAGCUGGCUCUGAUUCCCCAUCCACCUCUGCCACGGCCCCCUCCUCCAAACUGGUCACCCCGAGCUCCAGCAUGGAGUUUGAGGCAGCACGGCGGCGCCUCCUGGAAGUGGAGGAGCGACAAAAGGUCAUCAGGGAGAUGGAGCGGAGGUUAGAAGAGCUCAGGGAGAUGUUUGUGCGCUCAGAGCAGCAGGUUGUGGUCCACGGGGAGCUGGUGUCACGGAUAACCACUGCAGCCCAGCAGGGAGAGCUGUACGUGGCUGAGAACACCCAACGGGUCAAGAAAGGCUUAAAGUUUAAGAAACAUCGACCCACUAUUGUCUUUUCUUCCAUGCUGGGACUCCGCACGUGCCUCCCCUGGCCGGUGAAGCUCAAAUAGGACAUUAGAUGCUUCCAUUUCAUCCAUGACUUUAGAAAUGUGCUUUACAUAAAUGUGAGGAUGGACCUCCAUCCUUUUAGCUCUUAGUGACAUGGCUGCUCUCCAGUUACAACCUUACUGCUCUUGUAUCCUGAAGCUGGUCCUUCAGGGGUUGGAGUGCCUACAAAUAUUUAUGAGGCCAGUAAGGAGCUUCCGAUUCAGCAUAAAAAUCCUUGGCUAGAAAACCAAGCUGCCACCGGGGCAUUGCAUACAGGAUGUCAUUGUGUCCUAGUUGUUCUCACAGAUUCGUUGCUGCUUGGAGUUAGUUAGUUAGUCCACGCUUUUGAGAGAUUCAUGUCAAAUCUGUGAUGCAGGAUGAGUCAGAAGAUGUGGGAGGAGAAGUUCAGCUUGGUCUGGGUCUUAUCAAGAUUUCCACUGCACUUUAGCUAACUUCUGCAGCAGUGAGGAGGCUUAUGUAACCUAUUUGAAGAUGGAGCAGCAUUACAGUGUAAAGCAUUAAAACAAAUCUGUCUCUGCAGCUCAUUACGGGCAAAGUGAAGGGCAGGAAGGUAAGACGAGAUGUCUGUUUCUGGACUGCUGCACUGUUAUAUAAAACCCAAUAUAGAACAAAGCAGAAAAAGAAAAUGUAAUUUGGGGAGAUGAUUGAAAAACGUGCCUUGGCUCCUCUGGGACUGCUCAGUGUCACAUCACUAGAAGAUAGACAGUAGGGGAGAAACAUUCAUACUGGGACACUUCCACCUGUGGCCUCUUUUUAUCCAGUCACCUAGCAACCGCUCAUCCCUGCAUCCCAAAUCUGCUUUUACAAAAAGGCAGAAUGUAUUCAGCUGAGAGCUCUAACUACAUUACUGUGGCAGGGAUUUGGUAAAACAAAUAAAAAAACAUCAAAGUUCAUUAUCAUUAUGGCUGCUUCCGGGGGACUGGGGGUUUUAUUUGAGUUACUCAUGCAUGUAUUAGCUCUUUGUGCUGAUUGUAUCCUAAUGAACAAUAGAAAGAUAUUAAGAGCUACAAGUUUGCUUCUUAGAAUGCAAAUGUAACUUAAAGUGCACAAAGACCUCACUACAAAGGCAAAAAGAAAGUUAAGUUACAUAACUAUCCUUUAAACACAACACGUUUCUCACACAUAUGAGAUUGCUAUUAUAUAUACUUAUUAAGUUACAUUAAUUUCAGUUUGUGUUGUUG